AAUAAGUAACGAAGGUGAUGUAUGUCAACUUCCCCAAACCAAACCCUAACCGAUACCACUCGUAUCUCACGUACUACUCAAGAAACAACGCAAUAACAACUUGCAGUCUUGCACCUCGAUCCCCCAACCCUCCCUAAUUUCGUGAAUUCACAAUUUACACGGACUUAUUCACAAUUCUCCAAAAUGCUCCCAAAAGCCUUCAUCGACGGUUGAAAUUUUUCUCCCACAAAAUUCUAGCCUUUUGACUUUAAGGAAGAGGCAUGUCUCUCGACGGCGGUUCCGUUGACCGUCGAGAAGUGUAUGCGUCGGGAGGUGCGAAUGGUGUCGUUUCCGUGGCAGCUGCCGCUGCGUCGAACCAGAGGCUGAGGCUGAACCCAAGCAAAGAGCAUAAGCCUGAGAGUUACGAGGGCCUGCAACUGGAUUUCACUCCGUCGAUUUUCAGUUCUCUCGAGAGGUUUUUGCCUCCUAAUUUGUUGACUGUUCCUCGUGAUGACAAGGUCAAGUUCAUGAGGGAGAUUUUGCUUAAGUAUUUGCCUCAUGGAGAGCGUAACAGAGUUCAGAAACAAAGGGAGUACAGGCAGAAGAUAAUAUCAAAUUAUCAGCCAUUACAUAAAGAAAUAUACACAAUGCAUCCUGCAAGCACAUUUGUUCCAUCGUUUCUAAAAGCAAUAAGUGAUAAUACUGAGGAAAGCUUUAGAAGUAUUAUGUCUGAACCCUCUCAAGGUGUUUUUACAUUUCAGAUGCUUCAGUCUGGCUUCUGCGAACUGCUGUUAUCUGAGGUUGAUAAUUUUGAAAAGUGGGUUACUGAUGUAAAGUUUCGAAUCAUGAGACCUAACACAAUGAAUAAGUAUGGUGCUGUUCUUGAUGAUUUUGGCCUUGAAACCAUGCUUGACAAGCUUAUGGAGAGUUUUAUUCGUCCCAUAUCGAAAGUCUUCUUUCCUGAAGUUGGUGGAGCAACCUUAGAUUCUCAUCAUGGUUUUGUUGUUGAAUAUGGUAAAGAUAGGGAUGUUGACUUGGGUUUUCAUGUCGAUGACUCAGAAGUGACUUUAAAUGUGUGCUUGGGUAAGCAGUUUUCUGGAGGAGAAUUGUAUUUUCGAGGCACACGAUGUGAUAAACAUGUAAAUACUGGAAGUCAACCUGAGCAGGAGAUCUUUGAUUAUUCCCAUGUCCCAGGCCAAGCUGUACUUCAUCGUGGACGUCACCGCCAUGGUGCUAGAGCCACAACCUCAGGCCAUCGAAUCAACUUACUUCUAUGGUGUAGAAGUUCGGUCUUCAGAGAGAUGAAGAAGUACCAAAAGGAUUUCUCAAACUGGUGUGGGGAAUGCUUGCGUGAGAAGAAAGAGAGGCAACGCACUUCAAUUGCUGCUACUAAAUUGGAAUUACUGAGAGAAGGGGAAUCUAAGGCAUGACCUGAUGUUUGAGUAGGUCGUGAGAGACGAAGAUUAUAGCUGAUGACGACACACUCAGCGGGUAGUGUACUAGUGCUUUAUCCUAAUGUAGGAUUUGUAUGUACAUUAAUUAGUUUCAAGGCAAUUAAUUGGUCCGGAAAUUUCCUUGUAAAAUCAGGCAUCAGAUGUAAGUGUAGAAAAGAAAUGAUAAAAAAGAAAAGUAGAAAAAAAAGGGUCCACGACGGAGGUGUUGAGAUUGUAUUUUUUCACCUCUCUAUUGUGAUUGUGAUUAUGUUUGUGAUUCUAAUUUUACUUUUCAUGAUUUAAUGACGCUUUUUGUCUUUGUUGUUUGUUAAACAAUUUCUUUAUUAAUAUAUUAAGUUAAUGUA